CCCAUUUCAGCUGCAGACACACGACCAGUGAAGUCAGGGCGAGCUAGCUGCCAGUGGUCGUUGCAGGCCCCGAAAGAUCCGAGCAACAUGGGCUCUGAAGAACAAGAUGCGCUGGAUGCGCUGGAUGCUCUUGAGCGCGAGGCGUCCGACUUUGACAAGGAUGCAGAGAUUGAUCGAAUUAGGAACGCUUUUGUUUUAGACGCGUACGCCGUCCUCGACCUACAGCCAGGAUGCACAGAGAAGGAUAUCAAGAUGUGCUAUCGCAAAAAGUCCCUACUCAUCCACCCGGAUAAAACCAAGAACCCGGCGGCCCCGGAUGCCUUUGAUCGCCUCCAGAAGGCGCACUCCGCACUGAUGGACGAGAAGAAGCGCGAAUACCUGGACGAAUGCAUUGCGGAUGCGCGCCGGCUGCUGAUCCGCGAACACAAGUACACACUCGACUCGCCGGAGCUGAAAACAGAGGAGUUCAAAAAGGAAUGGCGCAAGAUGACCGUCACGGUGCUCCUGGAGGAAGAGGCCCGGCGACGCCGCCAGGCCAAGGCCAAGCUGCAGGAGGAGGGACGCGAACGACGCAAGGAAGAGGAGGAAUUGGAGGCGCGCAAACGGAAACGCGACCAAGAUAAAGCUUGGGAAGACACCCGCGAAGAGCGGAUUGGUAGCUGGCGCGACUUCCAGAAGGGACAUAAGAAGGAGGGGGAUAAGAAGAAGAAGAAGAAAAUGAAAGUGCUGGGCUGAGUGUCUGGGUAGAGCUCAUAAGUUGGGGGGGGGAUUUGAGUAUAGUACGGGCUAUAGUAGUGUUAAUGAAGCUCUAUCUCAC